AGCGACACCGGGGUGAAGAGAGGACAGACAAACUGGAAACUUUAAGUAUCAGCGGCGACCAGCUGUGGAAACCUGACUCUCCCGCGCGAGUGUGGCCACAUAACACCAGGAAGCAACUGCGGCCCAAGUAGACGGGACGUGGUAUGGUACGGGGGCAAAUGUGACAAAUAACGUCUAACAACUGCAUGGCAGGGGGCGGGCUCAAUUCGUCCACUGGUGAGUGGACAUCUGUUUGAAGGCGGAGCGGCGAAGGCACCGUAUCGUAAGCGAGGCAAUACCUGUACGGUGCGGAGAAGGGGGUUGGUUAGCUUUCUAGGCUGAACGUUUGAAGUUGUGUUGCAACUUGACGGCGGCGGGGCACGCGGAUGUUCCAGGCACUCAGCCAUGCAGUCUGUGGAGCGGAUUUUCGACGAGCUCGGGCAUUUCAGCAGGUUCCAGGUGUGCGUAUAUUUUGCAGCUGUCUUCCAAUCAAUAUCUUGUGGCAUUCAUUAUUUAGCCUCAGUAUUUUUAUCUGAGACUCCCAAUUUUAUAUGCUAUGUUGCUGAGAACAUUACGAGUUUUACACUGGCAAAUUACAGUGGUAAUGGAUUGGACCACAUAUGGAAUGUAUGGAUUCCAGAGAAAGAAUAUGUUCUAGUGAACACAAAGGAAGGUCAUCAGUGGGAGCUUAGUAAAUGCUCACGGUCUUUAAGAAUAAACAGUUCCCAUUCUGAUUAUGAGUUUAGUGGAAAUAAAUCUGACUUCUUGUGUUCAGAUGGGUACAUUUAUGAUAAUACUGAUAUACAUAAAAGUAUUGUAACAGACUGGGACCUUGUUUGUGAUAAUGAGUGGCUUGCCAAGCUAACACAACCAACCUUCAUGCUUGGAGUCCUUAUAGGAGCACUGAUAUUUGGAGAUGCAGCUGAUAGAGUGGGGAGAAGACCAAUGCUGAUUUUCACAAGUGUGUGCCAAUAUGUGCUUGGAAUCUGCGUUGCCUUUUCUUUUAAUUACUACAUUUUCAUUGUCUUGCGUUUUCUUCUUGCUAUGGUAUGUAGCGGUUACCUUGUUGUGGUUUUCGUGUAUGUGACAGAAUUUACUGGAAUUAAAGUUCGAACUUGGACUUCAAUGCAUGUUCAUGCUGCUUUUGCUGUGGGAGUCAUGAUUGUUGCACUAAUUGGAUAUUUGGUGCGAACUUGGUGGAUUUAUCAGAUUAUUCUGACAGUCACCACUCUCCCCUUUCUUUUGGUGUGCUGGAAACUUCCAGAGACACCAUUUUAUCUUCUGGCGAAGGGAAAAUAUAAAUCAGCCCAGGACCUUGUAAACUGGAUUGAACAGACCAAUGGCAUGAAGAAGAAUUUUGAUGUGCUUACAUUGAUACAGCCACAGAAAGAAUGUCUUUUGGAGAAAAAUCUGAAAAAUAAUAUAGAUUCAAAGGUCUAUAGAAAACUAAGCAUCCUUGAUCUAUUUUCUUCAUGGGAAAUAGCAACAAAGACUAUUACUGUAUGGCUUGUGUGGUUCAUAGGAAGCCUGGGAUACUACGUAAUUUCACUUGGAUCUGUCAAUCUUGGAGGAAGCAAAUAUAUAAAUUUAUUUAUAGCAGGGGCUGUGGAGCUUCCUUCCUAUAUUGUUGCCUGUUUUGCGAUGGACAAACUAGGAAGAAGAAACAUACUGGCACCAUCACUUAUACUCAGUGGAGUAGCAUGUGGACUAAUUACUGUAGUGCCCCAGACAAGUGAAACAUUGGUGAUUGUAUUAAGCAUGACUGGAAAGUUUGCUAUUGCAAUAGCCUUUGGCCUCAUUUACUUGUACACGUGUGAGCUGUAUCCCACUGUUAUACGCUCUCUUGCUGUUGGAAGUGGGAGCAUGAUGUGUCGCAUCGGAAGUGUUGUUGCCCCAUUCUGUGUCUAUCUAUCAUCUGUAUGGACCUUUUUACCCCAGGUGAUUGUUGGAGUUUUGGCCUUUGUAAUUGGUGUGUUGACUCUAUUUCUACCGGAAACUCUGGGAAAGCCAAUGACUAAUACCAUUGAAGAGGCAACAGAACAGUGGUCGAAAAAAACUGACAGAAAAAAGGAAACAACACAAAAUUCUUUGGUAGAGAAAAUAGAAAUUAUUCCUUUAGAAUCCUAAAAUAGAGUGAAACCAAUGAUAUGUUUAUAUUCUAGGGAAUUUUUACAUCUUUGAAAAAAAAGUCAAUGCCUUUAUGAAUUUUUACAUCUGAAAGUAUAAUACAUGUCUGCUAGAAUUAGAAUAUGAAAAAAAUAAUGCAUUUAAACUUUAAACUGUGAAAUCCUACAGCAGUUAAGACUGGUUCUUCAGUGAUAUUUUGAUAUGUGAUAUAACACUUGAAAUUGAUGAUCACCAAUUACUGUAUGUCACUCUUAACACCAGCCAAACAUAUUUUUAAAUGUAGAAUAUACUAAAAGCUGUUUGUGUUGUGCAAAGAAAAAAAAUUGUAACCAGAAAUAAAUUACUUUCAAGGGUAAAAGGCGUAGUCAUCCUGCAUCCAAAUGGUGCAGAGAGGGUAUGUUGUCCCCAUGGCUAGAUGAGCUUUUCUCCCAUAUACCACUAUGACAUGUGCGUGUGUCCUUUGAUGGGCUGGUACCCUGUCCAUUGCCAUUUCCAUUUUUGUACCCAGUUUUGCCAGGAAAGACUCCAGCCUGAUGAAACUGAAUUGAAUUAAGAUGGUUUGAGAAUGGUGUGUGUGUAUUUCUAGUGUGCCCAUUUUUUUGUUCUUUCAUUGCAUACCACACCUCUAUCCAUAGUACACUACAAUUCCUGUAACAAGGUGUUCAUAUUCCUGUAUUGUAGUACGCUUUGUGCUGGACCUUAACUUGAAAAAUACCUAGUUUAUUUUUUUACAAGGGACAAAAUAAAAUAAUUAUUAUCAAUACAAA